AUGAGGUCAGGGGAGCCGUUGAUAUGGUGACAGUUACGUCCCUGCUCCAGCCCACAGUCAACUGGACGAACCAUCAGUGAAGCAUGAUGCGCAGAGUACUGCUUUCGACUCUGGUCACGUUGGCUGUAAUGGGCGCCUUGCUCACCUUCAUGAACCAGGAGGACGACUUGGCUUACUGCUCGGACACAGCCCCCUGCUCCCUGGCCUUCCUGUCAAACAACCCACUCAGCCUGCGUUGCCCGAGUGCCACAGAAGUACCGGAAGACUCCAUCUACUGGCAGUACCAAGACCUUAGCCAGCCUCAAGCAAAACCCCGCACCUUCAUCAGAUCCGGGCACUUGAGGCAGCACCGCAGGGCGAUGGGCAAACUGGGAAGGCGAGCCAAUCUACGGAGCGGCUCCUUGAUCAUGAACAAGGCGGAGACCUCAGACACGGGCCUGUACCUGUGCAGGUCGGCUAAUUCCACCCUAGCCGCCUACCAGGUGGAUGUGCAGGACUCGUCUCUGCUUUACGUGUCCCACCAAGGGCUGGGGGAGAGCACAAUGUCAAACCAGAGCCUGAGGGUUAACUUGGGCUCUUCCCAGCACAUGGUCAAGCUCUACACCCGCUGGGGACCAUGGCAGGACUGUGACCGGUGCAAUGUAAUAGGGGAGCAGAAGGUGAUGGGCUUCUGUUACGCCAAACUAAGCCAGGACAUCGAUGAGGACAAGGACGAGGACGAGGGCGAGGCACUGGAGGUGAAUGGCGUCACCUUGCCCUGUGGCCUAAUGGAGCUGCACAUUGGGCAGUCCUUGCCCCGGCGCGGCGCCGAGCUCCACUACCAAUGGUGCCGCGAGCCGUGCGAGAAGGAGGAAAUACCAGUGGGGUUGCCGGAGAUUGGCGAUUGGUGGUGGUUGGGUCAGGAGCCUGCGAUCGACUGGGUGGAGCCUCGCAAAAUAAUACAGCAGUUGAUGUACCAUGACAUCCUUGACAACGCCCGGAUGACAUGCCCGGGGGCGUCAGUGUACACGCCCGUUCUCUGGCAGCGCGACUCCACCUUUAUCACCCGAAGUGGCAACAGUGACGGGAGACACCGGCUGGUCGACGCCAUGGGAGGCGGCAUCUACGAAAUACAAAACGUGAUGCCCUCCGACCGCGGCAUCUACCGCUGCUGGGUGCAUGGGCGUAGGGUCGCCUCAUUCCACCUCGAGACGCCCGAGAUGCCAGUGGUACGCCGCCACAUCAACCGGCGACUGCUUAAAGGCAUAGCAUACAUCGUCGGCACGAUCGCCAUGGUCUUCGUGUUCAGCGCCAUGGCUGAGAUGGUGCACGACUAAUUAUUUGCGAUCUUCCUGUACAACUGCCUCCUCAAGACCACAUAAAGACCACGAGACAUAGGGGCAGA